CGGCCGCGCCCGCCCCGCCCGGUACCGCGCCGCCGCCACCGCCGCCGCCGGCCCAACCAUGAUGAAGUUUCGGUUCCGGCGGCAGGGUGCCGACCCGCACCGCGACCGCCUCCGCCACGACCUCUUCGCCUUCAGCAAGACGGUGGAGCACGGCUUCCCCAGCCAGCCCAGCGCCCUGGCCUACGACCCCGUGCUGCGAGUGAUGGCCAUCGGCACCAAGGCGGGAGCCGUCAAGCUAUAUGGUGCGCCAGGCGUAGAGCUGACAGGCCUGCACAAGGAGACAGCCACUGUCACCCAGCUGCACUUCCUUCCCGGCCAGGGCUGGCUCCUGUCGCUGCUGGACGACAACACGCUGCACCUGUGGGAGGUGUGCCAGAAGGAGGGCUGCUCCCACCUGGAGGAGACGCGCAGCUUCGGCCUCCCGGGCCGCCCAGGGUCCGGCAGCGCUAACUGCUCCCCUGGCAUCACACGUGUGACAGUGGUCCUGCCGAUGGCUGCCGGUGCCAUGGUCUGCCUGGGCACCGAGGGUGGUGCCGUGUACUUUGUCACCCUGCCCACCCUGACGCUGCUGGAGGACAAAACCCUCUUCCCGGAUGAGAUCCUGCAGAGUGUCCCCGAUGAGUACCGCUGCGGGAAGGCGCUGGGGCCCGUGGAGUCCAUCCAGGAGCACCCACGCAACGGCAGCCGGCUCCUCAUCGGGUACAGCCGGGGGCUGCUGGUCCUGUGGGAGCAGAGCACUCGUGCUGUCCAGCACCUCUUCCUGGGGAACCAGCAGCUGGAGAGCCUGGCCUGGGAGCAGAGCGGGAAGAGCAUCGUCAGCUCCCACAGCGACGGCGGGUACAUGGUGUGGGCAGUGAGCGGCACCGCGCAGAGGACCCAGCAGCCCGUCAUGUCCACCAUCCCCUACGGGCCGUUCCCUUGCAAAGCCAUCAGCAAAAUCCUCUGGCGAACCUGCGAGUCAGGGAACCCCUUCAUCAUCUUCAGCGGGGGGAUGCCACGGGCCAGCUACGGUGACAGGCACUGUGUCAGCGUGCUGCAGGGCCAGACCCUGGCCACGCUCGACUUCACCUCCCGCGUCAUUGACUUCUUCACUGUGCAGAGCGCAGAGGUGCCCGAGGGAGGCUUUGAGAACCCCCGAGCCCUCGUGGUGUUGGUGGAGGAGGAGCUGGUGGCCAUCGACCUGCAGACGCCGGGCUGGCCCACCAUCCCUGCCCCGUACCUGGCACCUCUCCACUCCUCUGCCAUCACCUGCUCCUGCCAUGUCUCCAACGUGCCCCUCAAGCUCUGGGAGAGGAUCGUCAGUGUGGGCGAGCAGCAGAGCCCCCGGCAAUCCUCUGCGGCUUGGCCCAUUGAUGGGGGAAAGAACCUGGCCCAGGAGCCCACGCAGAGGGGGCUUCUCCUCACCGGGCACGAGGACGGCACGGUGCGGUUCUGGGACGCCUCGGGGGUCUCCCUGAAGCCCCUCUACAAGCUGGGCACCGCCAACAUCUUCCAGACAGACUGUGAGCACAACGACAGCCUCAACCAGGCGGGCGAGGAGGAGUGGCCUCCGUUCCGCAAGGUGGGCUGCUUUGAUCCCUACAGCGAUGACCCGCGCCUGGGCGUGCAGAAGAUCGCUCUCUGCAAGUACACGGCCAAAAUGGUGGUGGCUGGCACGGCGGGGCAGGUGCUGGUGAUGGAGCUGAGCGACGAGAAGUCGGAGCACGCGGUCAGCGUGGCCACCGUGGACCUGCUGCAGGACCGUGAGGGCUUCACCUGGAAGGGCCACGACCGGCUGGCCCCCCGGAAUGGACCCCUCCACUUCCCCCCCGGCUUCCAGCCCAGCGUGCUGGUGCAGUGCGUGCCCCCCGCCGCCGUCACCGCCGUCACCCUCCACUCCGAGUGGAACCUCGUGGCCUUCGGCACCAGCCACGGCUUUGGGCUCUUCGACUACUACCGGCGCAACCCCGUGCUGGCCAGGUGUACGCUGCACCCCAACGACUCGCUGGCCAUGGAGGGGCCCCUGUCCCGCGUGAAGUCCCUCAAGAAGUCCCUGCGCCAGUCCUUCCGCCGCAUCCGCAAGAGCCGCGUGUCGGGCAAGAAGAGGCUCAACGCCAGCAGCCCCUCCAGCAAGGUGCAGGAGGCCAACGCGCAGCUGGCGGAGCAGGCGGGCCCCCCCGAGGUGGAGAUGACGCCGGUGCAGCGGCGGAUCGAGCCGCGCUCGGCCGAUGAUUCGCUUUCGGGGGUCGUGCGGUGCCUCUACUUUGCCGACACCUUCCUCCGUGACGCUGCCCACCACGGCCCCACGAUGUGGGCAGGGACCAACUCCGGCUCGGUGUUCGCCUACGCCCUGGAGGUGCCGUCGCAGGAGAAGUUCUCGGAGCGGGCGGUGGAGGCGGUGCUGGGGAAGGAGAUCCAGCUGAUGCACCGGGCGCCGGUGGUGGCCAUUGCGGUGCUGGACGGGCGGGGGAACCCCCUGCCCGAGCCCUACGAGGUGUCUCGGGACCUGGCCAAGGCCCCCGACAUGCAGGGCAGCCACUCCAUGCUCAUCUCCUCCGAGGAACAGUUCAAGGUGUUCACACUGCCCAAAGUGAGUGCCAAGACCAAGUUCAAGCUGACAGCACACGAGGGCUGCCGGGUGCGGAAGGUGGCCCUGGUGAGCCUGGCCAGUGCUGGCUCCGAGGAGAGGCUGGAAAACUGCCUGGCCUGUCUCACCAACCUGGGGGACAUCCACAUCUUCACCGUGCCCAGCCUGCGGCCCCAGGUCCAUUACAGCUGCAUCCGUAAGGAGGACAUCAGUGGCAUUGCCUCCUGUGUCUUCACCAAACACGGCCAAGGUUUCUACCUAAUUUCACCAUCCGAGUUCGAGCGCUUCUCGCUGAGUGCCAGGAAUGUGACGGAGCCGCUGUGCCGGCUGGAGGUCGCCCGGCUCCAGGACACCUCCUGCCUCAGCAACAGCUCAACGGUGACACCGAAGCUGCCGCAGGCGAACGGCACCCACGUCCCACGCAGCUCCGAGGGCCAGCACUCCCCCUCGGACAGCGACCGGUCCCCUGAGGAGCACCCGGCUGCCUUCUCGCCCGGCCCCAUCGACUCCCCCAACAGCAGCAUGGAGAACCCGCUGGACACCACCGGGGACAUCACCGUGGAGGAAGUGAAGGAUUUCCUGGCGUCCUCGGAGGAAGCAGAGCAGAACCUGAGGAACACCAGCGAGGACGAGGCCCGGCCCACGGGGAUCCUCAUCAAGUGAGGCAUCGCCGGCCUCCCUGACCCAUCUCAGUGCUCGGAUUCCCGGGAUGCGCGACUCGACUGGACCCCCGCGCCCCCUCCCCCUGUAACGUAGGCUCGCCUCCUCUCUAACAUCUGCAGCCCGGCUCCGGCACUCCCCACACCCCCUGCCCGGCCGCCGGCCCCGGGGCCGUGGGGCACAAACUCUUCCCGGGGAAGAUCAGUUCCUUUUUUAUACACGGUCGAGUGUCACUGUCCCCUGCUC